AUGACUCAAUCUGAAGUAAACACGUCAAGAUCUGAGGAUGAUGAGGGGCUUGGAGGGCCUCUUUUGAUCGAACAGUUAGAAGGAAAUGGCAUAACUGCUGGUGACAUACGUAAAUUGAAGUCAGAAGGGUAUCACACUAUUGAGAGCCUUGCCUACACGCCAAAGAAGGCAUUAUUAACCGUUAAAGGUAUAAGUGAAGCAAAGGCAGAUAAAAUCUCUAUGGAAGCUGCUAAAUUGGUUCCGUUGGGCUUCACUACGGCAAGUGAAUUUCAUUCUAGGAGAUCUGAAUUGAUUUGCAUAACCACUGGGUCAAAGCAGUUGGACACUUUAUUAGGAGGAGGUAUUGAAACUGGGUCUAUCACUGAAGUUUUUGGAGAGUUUAGAACCGGAAAGUCACAGUUGUGUCAUACAUUGGCAGUUACUUGUCAGCUUCCUAUUGAUAUGGGUGGCGGAGAAGGUAAAUGCUUGUAUAUUGACACCGAAGGAACAUUUAGGCCAGUUAGGCUAGUCUCCAUUGCUCAAAGAUAUGGACUUAAUCCAGAUGAUUGUUUAGAUAAUGUUGCUUACGCCAGAGCCUACAAUGCAGAGCAUCAGUUUCAGUUACUAAAUCAUGCUGCUCAAAUGAUGGCCGAAUCGAGAUUUUCUUUACUUAUUGUUGAUUCUAUCAUGUCAUUGUACAGAACUGAUUACGCUGGAAGAGGUGAAUUAAGCGCUAGACAAACCCAUGUGGCUAAAUACAUGAGGACCUUGCAAAGAUUGGCUGAUGAGUUUGGUAUUGCUGUUGUAAUUACAAACCAGGUUGUCGCUCAAGUCGACGGGUCGGCUGGAAUGUACAAUCCUGAUCCCAAGAAGCCUAUAGGUGGUAACAUCAUAGCACAUAGUUCCACCACACGUCUUUCUUUCAAAAAAGGAAGAGCAGAGACCAGAAUCUGUAAGAUCUAUGACAGUCCGUGUCUCCCCGAGAGUGAAUGUGUAUUUGCUAUCUAUGAAGAUGGGAUAGGAGAUCCAAAGGUAGAUGACGAUGAUAGCUAG